AUGCCGUCAAGCUCUUUUCUAUUCGGCAGGAUUCCUGAGGGCCAUGCGAAAAAGGCACAGUCGCUGCCACAAGAACAAUGCUGCGCCACUCGAUGGAUCAAGAAAUUUUCGGUUACAGAAAAUGGCCCUAGGGCCCCCAGUUUCCGGGGACUUGUGCUGCCCUACAUUCCUUGGCUCCUCUCCUUCGGGCUCGAAGAUGAUCUCUCAUCAGACACACUGAACAACCAGAAAUCACAGGGCUUUUUUCCGGGAUACAAUCUCCUUCUAUCAGCGGCGAUCUAUCGCCGGGUGGAACUCAUGCGACAGCUCCUUCAAGAGGGCAGAACCCCUCAACAGACAGUGGACAUCGUCCUCAACGGAGACCUGCGGGAUUAUGGAGCAAAUGAGACCGAGAAUGGAAGGGCCUCGGUGUGGAUGAUCUUUCUGAACUUCUUUGCGUCUGAGUGGUAUCGCUGUCCAGAGUCAUCGCAGAUCCUCGAGGAGUUCGUCCAGGUCGAUGUCGACCCCGACAUCCAGCUUGUGAUGCACAAGAAGAAGACAUCAAGUGAUGUCGGUUCCACGAAGAGCGAUGAGAAUGAGCCUGAGAACCUCUCACCGUUUCAUUGCUGGGACUGGUCGAGCUAUACAACCCACCCAACCUGGAGGCGCUCCAUAAGCUGCUGCAGAAAAGGACAUCUUGGUGGAACCAGCUGGGGACAAAGCUUGUCCCUCAGUCCCAAGAUCCUCCCGUUGAUUCUUCGUCUUCGCAGUAUAAACCUUUCACCCAAACCGAGCUCCAGGGGAGCUAUUAUGUACACAGUGUGA